AGGUGCCACCUCCGCAACUGAUCCCUGGUAGCACCAUUGCCUUGUAUAGCCCUCGCGCCAAGCGCUUCCUUCGCAUGAACAGCAAUGCCGACAUGGAUUCUUCCGGCCAGUGGGAUGUCACAAAGGCCAUUCCUUAUGAUUGGAGCUGGGAACGAUUUACUGUGGUGGAUGCUGGAAGCGGCCAACUUGCUCUGCACAGUUCCAUUCACAAUCGAUUUGUGAGGAUGGCAAGGGGCGACGAAAUGGACGUGAGUGGGAUUUGCGCUGCUAACUUGCUUCCUGGAGCUGCAUCAUGGACCUGGGAGCGCUUCACGGCGGUGAAUGUUGGCAAAGGGCAAAUAGCCUUUCACAACAAGCUGCACAACCGCUACAUUCGCAUGUCGCCUGAAGGCAUUGUGGACAAUAGUGCAGCGAGAGACGUAUCAGGGAUUCCCGAUAGUUGGUCUUGGGAGCGAUGGCAAGUUGUGGAAGUGGCGCCCUACUUGAAACCAGGCUCCGUGGUUGCCUUGCACAGCGCCAUCCACAAUCGUUUCCUCCGCAUGAAUGACCAGGCCGACAUGGACAGGAGUGGCACUAAGAAUGCCAAUGAAUUGCCUGACAACUGGUCUUGGGAGCGUUUCACAGUGGUGGAAGGUCAGAACGGGCAAGUUGCACUCCAUAGUGCCAAAUGGAACCGUUUCAUCAAGAUGUCAAACGACAAUAUGGAGGCUAGUGUGCUGAAGGCUGCGGCUGAUUUACCCCCACCAGCGGACUGGACCUACGAGCGCUUCGCAAUCGUGCCAGCAGGGAAAGGAGAGAUCGCUUUGCACAACACUCUUCACAACCGAUUCAUCCGCAUGACCAAUGACGGCGUGGACAGCAGUGGCCACAGGAAUGCACAGGACUUGCCCUCAGACUGGACUUGGGAACGGUUCCGCGUUGUGGAGGUGUCGACUUCCAGUGGGGACGAUGGUGCUUGGUCCUUUGACUCUUGAGAGGAAUUUCUGUGAGUCAUGCCAACAAAAGCUUGGUAUCAGAGACUGCGACAGGCAACAAUCCGUGGGCGUGGACAAAAGUCACUUCAUUUCAUUUCCUUUGAUUUGCCUUCCAGUUUGCCAAUGACAAGAUUUGUUGACAAAGUGCCAGAAGUUUGUGUGUUUGCUUUCACUGUUGUGAACACGACGGCUUUGGUGUCACAAGUGCUUCCCGCUGGCCAUCAGGACAGGCGAGAUGGAGUGGCCAGACGUGCAAGAGCAACAGCUGCUGCCACCCACAUGUUCUUUGUCAGUGUCGCUGCAAUGGUUCCAGUCAUGUUUAGUUUUCUGAUGACCCCAUUGCUCCAAAGGUUGGAAGCAAAGGAAGACGAUGAUGCGAUGGUCGAUGUCAAUGCAGCUCGUUCUGCAGAAGAGUGGGGGAGACAGCCUCUUGGCUGCACUGUAUUCUUUUCGAGGGAGGCAGCAAUUCAUGGGGUACAGAGUGCAGCUGUGAUUCUUUGGAAAGAGAUGGGCGUCCAUCACUUGGACGGUACGAGUACGAAUGUUAGUUGACAAAUUGAUCAGUUCCAUGUGCAGUGGCUUGAGAAUGGAUGCUGGUCACAUCCAGGAAUCUUACUGCUACGGAAAAGGAAUGAGAUUCUGACCUGGGAGCUAAAUAUACGUUACAGCAUUAAGAGGGCAACCUGAGGUGUAGUCUCUUGUCUGGUGCCAGCAAGCAUACCCCCGUUUGGGCCUUAGGUGCUUUGGUUUGGGGACUCUUUCUGGGUGGGUGUUGCCACUUGUUUGUUGCAAUGAUGACAAUAGACAGUUCAAAGACAGCAACAAUCAUAGCAGCAUGCCCCAUCAACACCCUACGACUCCAC